CCUCCACCCGGAAGUGCGUGCCCCGGAAGUGCUUCCAACGGAAGCACUAGGCUGCCUGCGGGGGGAACAGAUCCGGGGCGAGAGAGACGCGGCUCUUGUCCGGCUCCGGCGCGGAGACCAAGUUAAGUGUAAAACCCCUGCUGCUUCCUGGGGGACAUUUGUGCUAAUGAUGGCGGCUCCUGCUCACUCAAAGGACAUGCUGACUCAAGUGACCCAACUCUGGAGUAUGCUGGAUGAGAUGGCAGAAAGCACCCCUGAGAGUUACCACAGAUUCAUGCAGCAGCAGCUGGAGGAUGCAAAGCAAUAUUGCACUCCUCCUGAACCACAUCUUUGCCUACAGACCCACAUACUGGAUCCUAAGGAAAAAUCAUUAUUCAUUAACCUCUGCAGGUGGAAAAGGGUCCCAGCUCCUAAGUCACCUACUGAUCCAAUACCUCUAAGUGCUGGCCCACUUGAGGAGGUGUCAGAUAAAGCAGAGACUUACUCCAUCAUAGAUAUUGCAUAUAAUCCGACUGUUCUUCAGCGAGAGAACCAAGCAGAAAUGGAUCACUUGAUCCGUCUGACAUUUAAAUACAUUGAGGAGCAUUACAACCUCUCUCUCUCCCACUCUUACCACAUUGCAACAUUCACACUCAAAGGAAGCCUGAAAAGGAUGAAACAGAGUCUGAGAGGAGGGCCACUACCAGCUCCACUUUUCAACAAGAACACGAGGAAUGAACUGACACUGGACCAGAUAAAGAACAACCUCAGAGAGGAGGACCGCAAUAAUGCUACACUGCUGCUGAACAAGGAUGUUACACAGUCUAAAGUGCAUCUGAUAGAAGAAAUUGCCAGUAUGGAGCUGCCACAGGAGCCAGUCACACCAACCUAUGAACUGACCAUUGCAAAGGAUGCAAACAGGAAACCUCUAAAGAUUGAACUGAAAGUAGAAAUGCCUAAAGUUAGUUCCAUUUCUGAAUGUGAACUGAGCCUUUCAAGGGAUGAUGUAAUCAUUGAAGUCCCUGAAAAAUACAGAUUACAGCUGGAUUUGCCAGAGUUGGUCGAUGAAGAAGCAACUACAGCAACAUUUAACAAAGGAAAAGGUGUGUUGCUUAUCAUAAUGCCAAUUCCCUAAAGAAAAUGUUAGGGACAACAGGUUCUCAAAAAAUUAGUGGGUAUGUGUCACUCUUAAAGAUUAAAAGGAAGGUUAAUGGUAAAGAUCUUAGUAAUAUAUAGAAAUCAGUAUCACUGUGUUAUUCUAAGUAUCUGUUCUGCUGUCUAUGCAUACACCAUUUCCUUUGAGAACGGGGGGUGAUGUAGUUUACAUAGAGAGGAAGUGUACUGUAUAUAGAGUAGGAAGGAAUUCUUAAUAAAAGUUGUAAGCAUUUAAG